AUGCCAGAAAUAGAUGAGGUCCACCGAAUUAUGAAUAUUGUUUUAAAAGGAAUACCAGAAGAGAAUAUCAAGUUUUUGGAUAACCCAACAGAUAUUUUGAAUGUUUGUAGAGAGAACCUUCGCGGAACUAGUAGGUGCUAUGGGGCCGUUGAAUGGAAUCGAAUUGAUCUUAAAACACAAACCUAUAACUAUACUCUUCGAGGGAAUUCUGGACUGAACUAUGUCAAUGUUGGUGGUAGCCAGUCUUCUGGGGAUGUAUUUGUUCUACCAUUGCAAUUUGCUAUUGACAAGGCUAUUGCUAACUUCACUGUGACACCUCAAUCUUUACCAUACACGUCGAUCACCGAGCAAGAGUAUAAGGACAAAAUGAACAAGAUAUAUAUGAAAGCAAUCAUCAACUGGUUGGCUCCGGCUUUAUUUUUGUCAAUGAUUGGUGUUAUUUACCAUUUAGCUGGAGUCGUCGCUCAGGAGAGGGAAUUGGGGAUAACAAGCUUACUCACCAGUAUGGGUUUACCCAGAGCGGUCAGAUUUCUAAGCUACCAUGCCGCUUUCACUAUCGUUUAUUUGCUUGGUUGGAUUAUAAUUGCAAUUGCCUUUUCUGGAGAGCUUUAUAUGAAGACAAACGCCGCAAUUAUAAUAUUUUAUCACAUAAUAAGUGGUCUAUCCAUGGUAUCAUGGUCGAUAUUUCUCGGGAAUUUGUUCAAAAGCACUCAAUUGGCAGGAAUUUUUGCAUCUGGUUUCUCGGUCUUUCUUGCUAUUGUCACAACUCUCCAGACCAGAAUAAAUGCUACUGAGGGGCCUUAUCAGAGUGGGGCGGUUUAUGCUCUUUCUAUUCUCUUUCCUCCGUGCAAUUAUAGCUAUUUUAUUUCUACCAUUUCCAGGUGGCAGAGAGAGCUCCGAGCAACCAAUUUGAUCGAGAAGGCUCCAGAAUCUAAUAUCCGUGUGAUUGUGAUUUUUGUUUUUGCAAUUGUGCAAGUAUUUCUUUUCUUUGGUCUGGCAAUUUUGACGGAUAUUUGGCUUUAUAGUUUUAAGAAGCCUGUAAGCAUGGCAAAUGGACUUGAUACCAGCAGUGCUAUUCAGAUCACAAACUUGACUAAAGUUUAUAAAACUCGCCAGUUGUGGCCCAAAUUUCGAAAGUCUAAAGUUGUAGCUGUGAGCGAUCUUAAUGCCGAGAUUGGUACCGGUCAAAUUGUGUGUUUGCUGGGUGCUAAUGGUUCGGGCAAGACAACAACAUUAGAGAUGAUAGCAGGUAUUCAACCUGCAAGCAGUGGAUCGAUCACGUUGAGACCAGGUAGCAAGGUAGGCAUAUGUCCCCAAAAAAAUGUUUUGUGGGAUAAUCUGACUGUGCGUGAGCACAUAGAGAUAUGGGCUGAAAUAAAGGGAGGAACAAAAGGUUUCAACAGUAAAAAAUCGAAGACAGUACUUGUCGAUAGUCUUAUUGAAAGAUGUGAUCUAGUGCCAAAGGCCAACACAAGAGCCGGCAAUUUGAGUGGUGGCCAGAAACGAAAGUUACAGCUUGCAAUCAUGUUUGUAGGUGGAAGCAAUGUCUGCUGUAUUGAUGAAGCUUCCUCAGGACUAGAUCCUCUUAGUAGGCGGAAGAUUUGGGAUAUCUUACUUGAGAGUAGAGGGAAGCUCACCUUAAUUCUUACGACUCAUUUUCUAGAUGAGGCUGAUCUAUUGGCAGAUAACGUCUUUAUCAUGUCAAAAGGUGUUUUGAAAGCCGAGGGUCCAACAUUGCGAUUGAAGGAUCGUUUGGGAGGUGGAUAUAGGAUUUUUGUCAGUUCGGGAAACGUAUCCUCAUCGGCUGUACAUUUUGGGGGUACUUCUGAAAAGGCCCUGGCACGCGUUCACGAAGAAGAAGAAGAAACAUGUCAUGAGGUCAAUUCCACUGAAGAGGUUUUAGAAACAAUCAAAUCUUUACAACACACUGGUAAGAAAUAUCGUGUCGAGGGUCCAAGCCUUGAAAAUGUAUUCUUAAAGGUAGCUCAAGGUGACCAUGAAGGCUUUAAACUUGGAAAGAGUGGGGCCGAAUGGGUGUCUGAUGGUCAAACUGAACUCAAUGCACAGCAAAUAGCAGAGGCUUUGCAAGUUCGCAGUAAUGGGACAGUUGGGCUGGGCCGCCAGCUUAUGGCUAUGUUUAGUAAGCGGUUUGUUAUCUUUAGAAGAAAUCCUUUGGCUGAAAUUGUAACAUUCAUACUACCGAUUAUUGUUGCACUGGCUACUCGAUCUUUUCUUGUUAGCUUUAAUGGUUCUGGAUGUUCAGUGUCUGCGCUGUUUCAAAACCAAGAAUUCACCGAUUUGAACAUAUCCAACUAUCAGAUGGUUGCUGGUCCUGAAACAUCACUUUUAGAAAGAAUGUCUGGACUAUCUGUUUUAGCAAGCAAUAUCUUGAGUACAUUACCUCCCCAGAACAUCACCUCGAGUCAAAUCCUUGGUUUGUUAAACCAUGAUACCAGAAAGGUUGAUAAUAUAUCGUCAUUCACAGAAGUGAUAAGCAAUAACUAUGCAAGUUUAAUGCCUGGUGGUUUUUAUUUGGGAGAUUCAGGUAUUCCUCCAACGGUCGCUUAUGUUGUAGACCUUCCGGACUUUGGAACAUAUACAGGUAGUACGAUGCUCAAUAUGUUGAACAAUGUUAUGCUCAAUGGUACCGUUAACAUUGUUACGAAUUUCUCACCUUUCCAAAAUCUCUGGUCAAGUAGCACUGGAAACUCACUACAAUUUGUUGUUUAUUUCAGUCUUGCAAUGUCUGUUGCUCCAGCAUUUAUAGGUCUUUACCCUACUUUUGAACGAUUGAGUAAAGUAAGAGCCAUGCACUACUCUAAUGGUCUAAGAAUAUUUCCUUUGUGGUUUGCUUAUACCUCUUUCAGCUUUUUAUUUUUCAUCGUGUCUUCUGCUAUUUUAACCGCAAUUAUUGGCAGCUCAAACUCCACUCUUAUAGGUAUUGGCUAUUUAUUUUUGUGUUUCCUAUUGUAUGGCCUUUCUUCAAUUCUUUUGAGCUUCUUCUUUUCUUUGUUUGUUCAAUCCCAACUAGCAGCGUUUGCGAUAACAGCUGCUGUUCAGGCUGUGUAUUUCCUCGUGUAUCUCAUUGCCUAUUUAAGCAUUUUGGCAUAUGGGAGUCCAGCUACAAUCGAUUCGAAUCUUCUUGUAGUUCAUUUUGUAAUGGCUAUUUUCAUGCCUGUGGCAAACUUGAUUCGAGCACUAUUUGUUUGCCUUAACUUGUUCGGAGUUAUAUGCCAUCAGAAUGGGUCUGGACGAAUUUCAUACCUUGGAGAUAUUGUUGCUUAUGGUGGCCCCAUAUUAUAUAUGAUUUUACAAAUUUUUGUUCUCUUUUUUGCAUUGCUGUGGUGGGAAUCAGGAAAAUUCAGAAUAAACUUGAAAUCUAAGAACAGUGCUGCUCUUUCCAAGUUUGGAGAAACGUACGAGGGGACCACUGCUGAUGUGUCCAAAGAGACAGAUUUUGUUGACCAAUACCCAGAGACUUACGAAGACGGUCUCAGACUGUCCCAUGUUCAUAGGGUUUUUGGUGGAAAGAAGUCCACGAAUCAUGUACUAAACGACGUCACUUUUGGAGUUAGGAAUGGAGAAUGUUUUGUGCUUCUGGGCCCGAAUGGUGCAGGUAAGACUACCACUUUCAACAUGAUUAGAGGUGAGAUUUCUGCAACUUCAGGUGAUAUUUAUGUGAAUGGCGUGUCAGUAUCGCAUGAUAGAUCGGAAGCAAGAUCUAGACUGGGAGUAUGUCCACAAUUUGAUGCCAUGGAUAAAAUGAAAGUGGUAGAGAUUCUUCGGUUCUAUGGAAAGUUGCGUGGCUUGCAUGAGAUUGAUAACCACGUUGAAAAGAUUAUUGAAGCUGUAGGGAUUGUUCGUUUCCGAGAUCGUAUGGCCUAUAAACUCAGUGGAGGUAACAAGCGAAAAUUGUCGCUGGCAGUAGCUCUGAUUGGCAACCCAGCAGUAUUGUUGUUGGAUGAGCCAUCCAGUGGUAUGGAUGCGUUUGCCAAACGUAUUAUGUGGAAUACGUUGUCGUUAGUGUCACAUGGUCGCUCAAUUGUUCUGACAACUCACUCCAUGGAAGAAGCCGAUGCCCUUGCAUCGCGUGCAGGUUUCCUGGCUAAAAGAAUGCUUGCCAUUGGUACAGUUCAAGAUCUUUACAAUCAGUAUGGCCAAGCACAUCAUCUUCAUGUUAUUUGCAAUAGCGCGCCUGACACCUCAUUAGAGGAUAUGGAGAAAAUAUUUUCAUGGGUUUGUGAAACGUUUCCGGGUUCAAUGGCAGAAGAUAAGUUACACCAGGGUCAAAUUAGAAUUUGUAUCCCUUUUCAGGAUUCUCCCGAUAUAUUGCCUAUAUUUAGAGUUCUGGAAGAGCGAAAGGUGGAGCUAGAUAUAGAAUCCUAUACCUUAACUCCAACAACCUUGGAAGAGGUGUUCUUAAAAAUUAUUGGUAGACAUGAGGUAGAAGAAGAAUGA